AAGUCAUAACAGAUAUUUAAAACCUCCUCGGAGUUUGGACACUCGAACACAACUCACUUCUCUUCCAAGUCUCCACCUUCAACUCAAACACUUUGCUUCCAUCCCAAUCCCAACUCACUUCCACUUUCUUCUCCUAAGCUCAAGAUCUAGGGUUUCCAUUUCCGGCAUGGACAGCUCAGGAGAGAAGGUCGUCGCCGUAAUCAUGGUCGGAGGCCCCACUAAAGGUACUAGAUUCCGGCCUCUAUCGUUCAACACGCCGAAGCCGCUUUUCCCGUUGGCCGGGCAAGCCAUGGUUCAUCAUCCAAUCUCAGCUUGUAAAAAGAUACCCAAUUUGGCUCAGAUUUUUCUGAUUGGGUUUUAUGAGGAGCGUGAAUUUGCACUCUAUGUUUCUUCGAUUUCGAAUGAGCUUAAAGUGCCGGUGAGGUACUUGAAAGAGGAUAAACCACAUGGCUCAGCUGGUGGGAUUUAUUACUUCAGAGAUUUGAUCAUGGAAGACAGCCCGUCGCAUAUCUUUUUGCUGAAUUGUGAUGUAUGCUGCAGCUUUCCGCUUGCAGAUAUGCUUGAGGCUCAUGUAAGAUAUGGUGGAAUGGGUACAAUGCUGGUGAUCAAGGUUUCUGCUGAAUCUGCCAACGAGUUUGGUGAGUUGGUUGCCGAUCCGAUCACCAAAGAACUGUUGCAUUACACCGAGAAACCAGAGACUUUUGUGAGUGAUUUGAUAAACUGUGGUGUUUAUGUAUUCACCCCUGAAGUCUUUAAUGCCAUUGAAGAUGUCUCCAGUCACCGGGAAGGCAGAGCCAAUUUACGCCGUAUUUCCAGCUUUGAAGCCCUUCAGUCUGCUACAAGGAAUCUUCCUACAGAUUUUGUCAGAUUGGAUCAAGAUAUUUUGUCACCUCUUGCUGGAAAGAAGCAGUUAUAUACUUAUGAGACCAUGGAUUUCUGGGAACAGAUCAAGACUCCAGGGAUGGCAUUGAAGUGUUCGUCUUUGUAUCUUUAUCAAUUUCGAUUCACCUCUUCACAUCUUUUAGCUAGUGGAGAUGGAAUCAAGAAUGCGACAAUUGUUGGUGAUGUUUAUAUUCAUCCAUCGGCAAAAGUACAUCCUAGUGCUAAGAUUGGUCCCAAUGUAUCUCUUUCGGCAAAUGUUCGGAUAGGUGCAGGAGUAAGACUUAUAAGUUGCAUCGUCUUGGAUGAUGUGGAAAUUAAGGAAAAUGCAGUUGUUAUACAUUCUAUUGUUGGAUGGAAGUCAACUAUUGGGAAAUGGUCGCGUGUGCAGGCCGAAGGAGACUUCAAUGCAAAGCUUGGAAUUACCAUCCUUGGAGAAGCAGUAACUGUUGAAGACGAAGUUGUGGUGAUUAACAGCAUUGUUCUCCCACACAAGACUCUUAACGUUAGUGUACAAGAGGAGAUCAUUUUGUAGAGGUUGAGAGAGAGAUUGCAAAUGCCUCCUUAGUUCUGUUUGCACCCCUACAUCCACUUCUUGAAUAAUUUUGGCUAACAUCUGUGUUGUAUAAUUUGUUUUUUGUGGGACAAAUGAUAUUGUAUAAUUGAGCAACGAGGAACAUAUAGGCAACAUUCUUUAUUCGGCAAUACAAUCCUCCCGUAAAGAAAGAGGACCAAUUUUUGUGACC